UCAAAGUCUAAUUUGCACUACAGUUACUUCCGGUCCACUGUCCAGGAAGAGAAUCACAAGGCAUUACCAAGCCUAAACGGAUAGAAAUGGCGGGUUCACUGAGAUCCAGUAUUCUGCGUCACCUUCGAGUCCCGAUAUCUCGGACCCUAACCCUAAAUGGAUCCAAACUGGCCGCUGUCCGAUCAAUGUCAUCGCACGGCGACGAUCAUCUCGACAAGCAAGAGGUCAUCGAUCGAGUCCUCGACGUCGUCAAGAGCUUCCCCAAAGUCGAUCCCUCCAAGGUGACUCCUGAUGUUCAUUUUGAGAAGGACCUGACCUUAGAUAGCUUAGACAAAGUCGAAAUUGUAAUGGCUCUUGAGGAAGAAUUUAAGCUGGAGAUUCCUGACAAUGAAGCUGACAAAAUUGAUUCCUGCACUCUUGCAAUUGAGUAUAUAUAUAAUCAUCCAAUGGCUGGCUAAUGUUGUCUUCAACUUUUUGUAUGAUUUUUGGUUCUUUGAUAAUAUGAGACUCCGCGUAUCGUCUGUUUUACCUGUCGAGAUGUUAUACAUUUUUUAUCCUGCGAUGGGUAAUAAAUUUCAUUGUUUGAAAAUUUUAGUUCAACUGCGGAUUAAAAAUGUUGCUGCCUUCUCUGUUU